GUCUUUUGUUUUGAAAGCCUGACCGGAAGCGCCGCCGCGUAUCCCCGCCAGCUUCUCGCUGUUGCCUCAGCUCGGCUCAGAGUUGCCAGCGGCUCAGAGCAGACGGCAGAUUCGAGACACACGGCGGCUCCCAGAGACUGAUAUGACAUCUCGCAGGUGGUUCCACCCCAACAUCUCUGGAAUCGACGCAGAACAGCUCCUGUUGACCCGGGGUGUCCACGGCAGUUUCCUGGCCCGGCCUAGCAAGAGCAAUCCAGGGGACUUCACCCUGUCUGUCAGGCGUAAUGAGGAGGUGACCCACAUUAAGAUCCAGAACUCGGGGGACUACUACGACCUUUACGGAGGCGAGAAGUUCGCCACUCUCGCUGAGCUGGUGCAGUACUACACGGAACAGCAGGAUCUGCUGCGCGAGAGAAACGGCAAUGUCAUUGAGCUGAAGUACCCACUCAACUGCCAGGACCCCACGUCCGAGAGGUGGUACCAUGGACACCUCUCUGGCCGUGAAGCAGAGAAACUGCUCACUGAGAAGGGCAAGGCCGGGAGCUUCCUGGUGCGGGAGAGUCAAAGCAAACCAGGCGACUUUGUCCUCUCUGUCCUCACCAAUGAGGAGAAGCAUGACAACGUUGAUCGUAAAACCAAAGUCACACAUGUGAUGAUUCGCUACCAGCAGGACGGCAAGUACGACGUCGGCGGUGGUGAGAGGUUUGACACGCUGACCGACCUGGUCGACCACUAUAAGAAAAACCCAAUGGUGGAGAAGAGUGGCAUCGUGGUGCACCUCAAACAGCCCUUUAAUGCAACCAGGAUUAAUGCAGCCAACAUUGAGAAUCGGGUGCGAGAGCUCAACAAGGUAGCGGACAAUUCUGAGAAGCCAAAACAAGGAUUCUGGGAGGAAUUUGAGGUACUUCAGCAGCAGGAGUGCAAACUGCUGUAUCCCCGGAAAGAAGGGCAGAAACAGGAAAACAAGAGCAAAAACAGAUACAAGAACAUCCUCCCCUUCGACACCACUCGCGUUGAGAUCCAGGAAUCUGAUCCAGAAGUUCCCGGUUCAGACUAUAUCAACGCCAACUACAUCAGACAACCUUUCCAUGACGAAGGUCGCUCUGCGGAGCAGGGCAAAGUCUUCAUCGCCACACAAGGCUGCCUGCAGAACACCGUGGUGGACUUCUGGAAGAUGGUGUACCAGGAGAACACGCACGUCAUCGUCAUGACCACGAAGGAGAUGGAGAGAGGGCGGAACAAGUGUGUGCGUUACUGGCCCGACGUGCACGGCACCAAGGAAUUUGGAAACGUGCUGGUGAGGAACAUGGAAGAGCGGCCGGCGCAGGACUACAUCCUGAGGAAGCUGGAAGUUACGCGUCUGGAUCGGAAAGAGCGAGCCAGGUACAUUUCACAUUACCAGUACCUCAGCUGGCCCGAUCACGGCGUUCCUAAUGAGCCAGGGGGUGUCUUAUGGUUCCUAGAAGAGGUCAACCGCACCCAGGCCACCAUUCCUCAGACUGGACCCAUCGUUGUCCAUUGCAGUGCUGGCAUCGGCAGGACCGGCACCAUCAUCGUCAUCGACAUCCUCAUUGAUAUCAUUAACCGUCAAGGGCUGGACUGCGACAUCGACAUCCCGAAGACCAUCCAGAGGGUCCGGCAGCAGCGGUCUGGAAUGGUGCAGACUGAAGCCCAGUACAAGUUCAUCUACAUGGCAGUGCAGCAGUACAUAGACACGUUUCAGAAGAGGCUGGAGGAAGAGCAGAAGAGUAAGUCAAAAGAGAGCGAGUAUUCCAACAUCAAGUACCCUCCGAUGAGCAACUCCAGGUCCAAACACAGCGUGGCGUCCUCGCGCUCCUCGUCUGUGAUGACAAACGACGACUCGUCCAGCGUGUACGAGAAUAUCAACUUUAAAAGCCCACAAACGUCCUUCAGCAGCAACACCAGGAGGUAGAAGUGUCUCUCUCCGUGUCCACUGCUGUCUGCCUGCCUCACUUUUUGACUGAGGUGGUUUCACCAGCAAGUGAAAAUCUCCCCGGAGACUCUGGACGGACUGAACCUGGCAGCAGGCGGCUCCUCCCUGGCAGGACAGUGGCGAGCCGACUGUCUGACUGGGACCUGUCCGUCCGUGACCUUUGUGAUGUGGGAGAGUCCGGCGCCAAAUGUGAGGACCCCUGACCUUCCCUGCCGCUCUGCUCCAGCCUGCAAAGCCUUUACCUCUUCUGAGCUCAAGUGCCUUCUCUCCGGAAGUCGUCGUGCUGAUACGUGUCACUUCUUUCAAAGCCUCAACUCCAUGCCCUGGAGGGAAAAACAACGCUGCAAUCUAAACCACAAAACAGCAUGAUGGGGGGGCGGCGUUGUCAAGGUCAGACAUGACCAGCUCCAGCUCCUCCUUUUUUUGUUUUUGCCAAGACAGCAGUGCCACUUCAUAAGGUUGACAUGAAUCUGAUGAGUGAAUCCUGUGAGAACAUCAUUGAGAGAGUGUCUAAAGUUGCAUCAUAAGAACCUCAAACCAGUAUCUGAAACAACCGUCUGUGGUGGAGCUCCCCCUAGCGAUCCUCCACGGGAUUUGCCGUUUGUCAAGGAGCCCAGAUGGAGUCAGGCGGUGGUGCUGCUGUUGGAACCUCAGUACUGAGUAAAAAUGCCCAGGCUGCUUCCCGGUCAGCUUCCCUUUCUCUGGAUCAGAGAGGCCAAUUGCUUCGGUCAGAAAUGAUGCUCCCGCCAAAACAAGGCCAGCACUGGUUCCCUGCGAAGGUUUUAUAUCUCCGCCUCAUUCGUCCCACAUCUAGCAAGGGUGUCAAGGCCAGGCAUGCGUGGACCACUGUGGAAUCCAAAGAUCGUACGCCACCACGAAGGUACGGACGCGUGGCUGUCAGGGCUCUGUGGACAGCAACAGAGAUUCCUGGAGCAGCGUCUGGACCCGGUCUGAGUUGGGUUUGACCGGCCGUCCUUGUAAGUCAACACGUCUGAUGUGGUCCAACAUCUGUUGACCGGGAUUUGUCACAGGAAGGCACUGAGAAGGGGGGGGGGCGAUUACAGCGGGCCAGAUGGCCAUCCGCCCGAGAUUGAAGAAUAGAUUUGUCUCCGAAAAGUAAUUUAGAAGAUGGCGGUAAUCCAGGCCGGCGUGCCCGCGUCACCUGACGCGAUAAGGAAGCUGCCGAUGUCACAAAGAGCUGAGGUUUUUAUUCAUUUAUUUCAGCAGAGAUGGCGUCUAAACAACUCCCAGUCUAUCUGCUCCAACCAUUCCUUACCUCUCGUCUCCAUGGUCUCUGGUCAGCUCUGGCUGCUGCGCUCACUCUUGAGCUUCAAAGGACGGAUGACAGAUCGAUAUAUAUAUUUUACUCUGAAAAACGGCACUGGAGGAAUCUUUUGGCUGGAUAUUUAUAUGAAAAGCUUGACGCUUAUUCUUCUAUUUAAAAGGCUUUAACAAGCACAGAAUGUAUGUGGAAAAAACUCAGGAUUCAAGUAUCUCGUCCAUCCAGAUACUCGCUGGCAAAUCUGUUUUUAACAUUGAUGUUUAAGGGAUGUUUCGGCGUCGAUGAGGUUUCCGUUUGUUUUCCUGAUUCUGUUCCUCCUCACGUUGUUGUGUGUCCCGCGAAGGAAAAUGACCUGUGUGCUUUGUGUUGAUGAGCUCCUGGGUAUGUUUUGAAAUUGUUUUCACUUUGCCUCUUGAAACUCACUUUUUGAAUAUCAAUACUUGAAAGUGUGAAACUGCUGAAUCUGUCUGCCGAAUGUGAAAGUAUCUUUUGUAGCUGUUUAGUUUUUGCCAUCAGUGUUUUUUUUCCUCUCUCUCCUGACGUCAAGUCUGAUUGUGUUUCUUUCAUGAUAAUUCAGAUUUUUAUUUAUAUCGGUGCAUAUUUUUUUCACCACAAACUUGGAGGGAUGCUGAGUGACAUGUUACGUUUGUAUCUGCUUUUCUUCAACUUACUUGAACAUCAUGGUGAAUCAUGUUUCCAUUGUUGGUCCUUCCGAUGGUGGCAGUCCACAUGAACUCGACUGAACUAUUUUGGGGGAGGUGCUUCCUCCUCUUCCUCCUCCUCUUCCUCCUCCUCCUCCUUCUUGCACUGGCUGACUUGACCAGCCUCCUGCUGUACAGGCUUCACCUGCUGAUGCUGUGAGCUGCCGGGAAAUGAUGAUAAAGUUCAAUAAAAAAAAUUUAUGAUGGAAACUGAUCUGAUUUGUUUUUU